CAGACGAGAUUCGCACAGCAACGUGGGCCGCUGUUUGUUGUGUGUGUUGUGUUCAACAAAAUAGGAUGCAAGUGAAAUGCCUGCUAAUCUGCAUGGGCCUGAGCCUGGGCCUGCUGCUCCUAAUCGCACCAGUGGGCGAGGCGCGUCGCGGCCGUGGACGUGGACGCACCAAGUCGCGAGUACAGAUUGGUUUGCCCAUAACGGGCAAGUAUCGUGAUCCCGAAUCGGAUCAAUACUAUAACAAUAAUAAUGGUGCCAAAAUCUUGCAGGCCUCGCACUUUGAUCUCGAGUACGUGCUGGGCCAUAAGAUAGCGUUUCUGUGCGUCGCCAAGGGUAAUCCCCGUCCGCACAUCACCUGGUACAAGGAUGGCGCCGAAAUCUAUCAGCAUCUUUAUAUGCAUGUGCACGAAUGGCGCAUUGGCGAUGAUCGCGUCAAGUCCAAGAUCGAAAUCGAUCCGGCGACACAAAUGGACGCCGGCCUCUACGAGUGCACCGCAGACAAUAUGUAUUCGAUUGAUAGGCGCAGUUUCAAGACAGAUUUCUCCAUUGCCUUCGAUUAAGCGACGAUCUACUCUCAUGUGCCCAUUUCCAUAAGUUUAAGCAAUAAAUUUGUUUGUAGCCCCGUA